UGAAUGGAUCAACAUAGAGAUGGGUGGAGGAGGAAGGCAAGAAAGGAAGGGAGGCGGUGGCCCUGCGGAGCGCGGCUAGACUAGGAGACCCACACAGCUCCGGGAGCUCGCAUCCCCGCGGGAGCCCAGGCCAGGUGAAGAGGGUUUCUGGGUCCACAUGGCUUCCUAGAGGAUGAAGCCCAACCCCACAGGCUCCUCCCCAGAGGCCUGCAAAGCUGCAGGCCAGGGCGAGAAGAGCUGUCCUGUCUGCCAGGCCUGUGGAAGCGUCUCAGGCCCAGGGUCUGGUGUAGGGUUGGGGUCUGGGCCUGGACCAGGGCCUGGUGCUAUUCCAGGGUCUGGACUAGGGCCUCAUGCUAUUCCAGGACGUGGAUCAGGGCCUGGUAUUGUUUCGCUGGGGCCUGGGUCAGGACCUGGUGAUGUUCCAGGACAUAGAUCAGGGCCUAGUGCUGUUCUGGAGCCCAGGCUGGGACCUCGUGCUGUUUUAGGGCCUGGACCAGGGCCUAAUGUUCCAGGACGAGGGGAAGGAUCUGGUGCUGUUCCGGAGCCUGGGACAGGACCUGGCACUGUUCCGGGUCCUGGACCAGGUCUGGGUCCUGGGCCAGGACCUGGGUCACUACCUGGGGCAGAGUCAGUGCCAUGGCUUAGACGGGGAUCUGGAACUGGUCUCAAAGGCAGUGAGUCAAUGACAGCCCCAACACCAGCACUACAGCAGAAGACUCAAGCUGGACCUGCAGAGGCCCCUCAGCAGAAGGUUCUGGUGACUGGAGGAGGAGGCUACCUGGGCUUCAGCCUGGGUUCCAGCCUGGCCAGGCGUGGCACACCCGUCAUUCUGCUCGACCUCCGCAGACCCCAGUGGGCACUGCCCACAGGGACUGAGUUCAUCCAGGCUGAUGUCCGAGAUGAAACAGCCCUGUACCGUGCCUUUGAAGGGGUGGACUGUGUCUUCCACGUGGCCUCCUAUGGAAUGUCUGGUGCUGAGAAGCUACAAAAAGAGCAAAUUGAGUCUAUAAAUGUCGGAGGCACCAAACUAGUGAUCAAUGUCUGUGUUCGCCGGCGGGUUCCAAGGCUCAUCUACACCAGCACUGUCAAUGUUGUAUUCAGUGGGAAGCCCAUAGAGCAGGGCGAUGAGGACUCUGUGCCAUAUUUCCCGUUGGACAAGCACAUGGACCACUACUCCCGAACCAAAGCCAUUGCUGACCAGUUGACCCUCUUGGCCAAUGGGACACCUCUCCCAGGAGGAGGCACUCUUCGGACAUGUGUGCUCCGGCCCCCAGGGAUCUAUGGCCCUGAAGAGCAGAGGCACCUGCCCCGUGUGGCGAGCCACAUCAAGAGGAGGCUGUUCAUGUUCCGAUUUGGGGACCGCAGGACACGGAUGAACUGGGUUCACGUGAGCAAUCUGGUGCAGGCACACAUGCUGGCAGCUGAGGCCCUCACUGUGGCCAAGGGCUAUGUGGCUAGUGGGCAGGCGUACUACAUCAAUGACGGGGAAAGCGUCAACCUCUUUGAGUGGAUGGCCCCGCUGUUUGAGAAGCUGGGGUACAGCCAGCCCUGGAUCCAGGUGCCUACUUCCUGUGUUUACCUGGCAGCCGCAGUGAUGGAGCAUCUGCAUCUGGCCCUGAGACCCAUCUGCAGUGUCCCUCCGCUGCUCACCCGGAGUGAGGUGCUCAACGUGGCAGUGACUCACACCUUCCAGAUCGCGAAGGCCCGCGCUCAGCUGGGCUACGCGCCGGCCAAGUUCAGCUUCGCCGAGGCCGUGGAGCGGUACGUGCAGUCCACCGCCCGGCGGCCCCGCGGCUCUACGACGCGGGCGCUCCUGCGGCUGCUGUUUGGGCUGCUGCUCCUUGGCCUGCUCGCCCUGGCCCUGUACUUCCUGGUUCUGCAACCUCUGCAGGCCACCGUUGACCGCCUCUGACCGUGGGGAGGGCCCGCUUCACCCUCACCCCGCCCCCGGGUCCCGCCUCUGAGUCUGGU